AUGACCUUAAUGUCUCAGCCCAUAGCACAUCAAACCCUUAUUCACGCCUCAUCAUCUCCAUUGUUCGAUCAGAUUUUUCAAAGCAGCUAUUCACGCCCAAACACCGAUCAGACCACGCCCUCUCCCGACAUCCAUCGAUCCUCCCUCUCAGUAUCCCGUCGCAGCCUUUCCCCAACCACGAAUUUCCAUCGCCGGCGAAUAGAAGGCUCCUCGUUCAUUCGCGAGCAGCACCGCCGACGAACAAGCCGAGAUAAAUUCUCGUCGGCGACCUUCAACAAGCAGCGACGAUCGUCCCUUCUCACCAUCUCUGAGCCGAGGAAAGUAGGUUCCGACCGUUCGUCCGGCGCAUCUGGGGUCUCGUCAAUUCCCGUCGAGCAGCCCUUCGCUGGAGAAAACGAGCAGGAACUUGAUCGGCCGUCCCCUUCGAGUCCUGGCGGAGAAGAGAACCUCCACAGCCGCGCGCCCCGGGUGCUGCUCGCCGGCGGUCUAGCGAGCAGCAGCGGCUCUUUUAGGCGAUCCUCCAUCAGCCGACGUCCUAAUUCAAUCCUAUUACCGCCUGAUUCGUACGGCUCGGUGGUUCUCGGUGGCACCUUCGACCGCUUGCAUGACGGCCAUCGCCAAUUCCUCAAGGCUGCGGCUGCGGUGGCGAGGGAUCGAAUCGUGGUUGGUGUUUGCGAUGGCCCCAUGCUCGCUAAUAAACAGUAUUCUGAUUUGAUAGAGCCAAUUGAGCAAAGAAUGAAAAACGUUGAAGAGUACAUUAAGUAUGUGAAGCCAGAGUUGGUUGUGCAAGCAGAACCAAUUGUGGAUCCUUAUGGUCCGUCAAUUAUCGAUAACAAUUUGGAGGCUAUUGUUGUAAGCUAUAACAAGAGUUGUUUGUUUGAUAGUAAGGAGACAUUUGCUGGGGGAUUAUCUGUUAAUAAGAAGAGGGCCGAGAGAGGUCUCUCACAGCUAAAGAUUGAAAUUGUUGAUUUAGUACCUGAAGAAUCUAGUGGAAACAAAUUGAGUUCUACAGCCUUGAGGAAACUCGAAGCCGAGAAACGCAAGAUGCUUCAGGUGGAAGGUGAGGUUUGACAGCUAUGGAUCUGAAUGGCACUGUAAUAAAUUCUUUUUCUUAUUGGAAUUGCUAAUGGAAAGUAGUUUUUCCAUCUGAUUGUCAUCCAUAACAAAUAUAUCUUGUAUGAAAUUGGUCAUAGUAAUGAAUGUUCCACAUACAGUUUUCUUAUUCAUUGUCUGCCCAUUGGUUUAUCACCAUUACACUUUUUUGGCUUUUGCGGGUAUCUUUAAAACUUGCUCCUCUUUUGUUC